AUGCAAAACAGGUCCGACUUCUUCUCAUCCGUUCAAGUCAGAGUCAGUGAUUGGGCGGAAUCCCCUGUACAAUGUCUGACCGAAUCAGAUAAUGGGACGUUAUACAAAGAAGUGGCCAGAGUGAUUCCUUAUGCUCUGCCGUCUAGAGUGGCCAUAGACCUGAAGAUGGAACUGGAGGAGGACAAGGAACAUGAAGUCACGUGUUGGGUGGAUGACGUGGCUCCCCUUAAAUAUGUCAUGUUAUCAGUGACCAGAGGAGGAGAAAUAUUUCUCAGCAGAACAUAUGAAGGGGACACCAGAAGAGACCCACAAAAUCUGACGGAAACAUUUAAGUUCACGGCAAGUCGUAGUGACAACCUGGAGGACUUUGCCUGCCAGGUCACAUUAAACCUCACAAGAGUCCCCAACACCACUGUGUCUUCAUCCCCUGUCACCGUCAGGACUUACGCUCUGCCGGAGAAUCCUCGUAUUACAGCUGAGGAGUGGAUAGAACAUGGGACGGUGACUGAUAUCGGAUGUGACGUCCUCCGUGCAUUCCCUACAGAAAAUAUCACUACUACGUUAUCUGUUGAUGGUUUUCCCGACACCGAGGUCCAUGGACAUGUGGCGGCUGCGUCCGCUCUGAACACCAGCGACCUACCGCCGGCUCGGCAUAAUGUGCUCUGUGUAUCUCAGGUGUUCAAUUUCUCCAAGCAGAGCAAUAAGAACAUAGUCAUCUAUGAACCUCCCAAAAUAAACCUCACCACGUCCGGCAGAGAGGUGAAUGUGGGUGCCACGCUGACCGUCACCUGUAAUAUAAUUCAGGGUAACGCGGAGUAUUUCGGUCUGUCCGUGAGUGUGGACGGCGUGGAGGUGAAGAGGGAGAACUUCCCGGAUCUGGCUACAGAGAUCAACGUAACAAGAAGACAACCAAAUCUCUCUGUUAUCUGUGAAAUGUUCAUCCGAGAGAAUAACAAAGUACUACAAGUAUCAGAAGAGAACCUCACUGUGCGAUAUCCGCCCGAGUUCACUAACAGAACCUGUCCGGGCUCUGUUGUCUGGGUGGAGGGAGAGAAAAGGAUCUUUGGUUGUAGAUCUGACGGGAACCCAACUCCUGAAGAAGAGUGCAUCCUCAACACCUUGUCUCUGCAAUCCUCCACAUCCUUCACUGCAGCAAGAAACAUGUCCGGAGUCUAUACAUGCCGCGCAUCAAACUCUAUGGGAAACGCGACCAAGUCUGUGGAAGUAACCGUGCAGUACCCACCAGGGCACCCGACAGUGAACAUCUCCUCAUCAUUGAUUAGCACAGGAGGAUCUGUCAAUCUUACUUGUUAUUCAGACGCUCUUCCCCCUCCCAUGUACAAGUGGGAAAUCCCGCCUCAUGCCCAAGUGGCCUUCUCCAUAGACAAAAGUUCCAUCACCAUCACAGAAGCAUCAUCCUACCACAGCGGAGUCUACACCUGUCAAGUCGAGAACCAACAUGGGAAAUUAUCCGAACAACAGAGUUUAGAAGUUAAAAGAGAUCACACCGUACUUCUGGCCGUUCUUCUCGUCGUAGGCUUCAUCGCGUUAUCCGUCCUGGUCGGCGCCAUUGUCUACUACUUUUUAUGUCGAAAUGGGAAAAAAGGGUUUUAUGAUCUUGUGAGACUAAAAGCAAGUAAGCAUGCAGACGCAAACGUUCCUCUGCAAGAAAACAGCGUGGUCUAG